ACUCAACAACGUGUAUAUACAACAAAGAUGGCGUCUCCCGGCAAGGCUGACGUGAAGAGCCCACACGUGGGGAAAAAGAAGAAGCCUCCAGCUCGGUACUGGGAGAACCUACAGCAGAAGGAGGGCGGAAAUAAUGAUGAAAACAAAGAUAGAAAAGAUGGAGGAAAAGCCCAAGAUGCUCCACGACGGACACAGAAAAGAAAACUUGAGGAAACCCGACGAGACAGAAAUAAAUUCAUUUCAGGAAAAUCCGACCCUUUCCCUGGCCCUGCUCCGAUUCCUGAAGAAAGGCUGCAGAAGUUCAAGAGGAAAGAUAAAAUGAAAAAGCCUCGCAAGGGCCAACGCACGUUGAAGGCAACAAUAGCUCACUCUGAAGAAACUUGUGAGAUGGCCAAGAAACAAGCCGCUCGCUUUGACCUCCUUCUCCCUGAGGACGCAGGUUUUCUAGAAGGGGACGAAGACGAGGACACAUGUACUAUCUCUCAGGAUGAUAUUGCGGAUGCUGUGGAUAUAACAUCUGGAGCAAAGUAUUUUAACCUGAAGCUGUCUCAAUUUGGACCAUAUCGAGUGGAUUAUAACAAAACUGGACGUCAUCUUUUGCUUGGUGGGAGGAGAGGUCAUGUUGCCUGCAUAGACUGGCAGUCCAAACAGCUGAUGUGUGAAAUUAAUGUGAUGGAGUCCAUCAGUGACGUAAAGUGGCUCCACAGUGAGGAAAUGUAUGCAGUGGCUCAGAAGAAGUGGCUCUAUAUUUAUGACUCUAAGGGAAUAGAGCUUCACUGCAUCCGCAAAUUCAACGAUGUCCUGCGUAUGCAGUUCCUUCCCUACCACUUUUUGCUAGCCACAGCGAGUUCUACAAGUUUCCUGCAGUACUUGGACGUGUCUGUGGGUAAAGAGGUGGCAGCCAUUUGCACCAAGACCGGUCGGCUGGACGUGAUGUGCCAGAACCCGCAUAAUGCCGUCAUCCACCUGGGACACUCCAACGGCACCGUCACCCUGUGGUCACCAAACCAAAAGGAAGCCCUCGUCAAGAUGCUCUGUCACCAGGGCGGCGUUCGCUCAGUCACUGUCGACAAGACCGGCACAUACAUGGUUACGUCUGGAAUGGAUAAAAAGCUGAAGGUUUAUGACAUUAGAGCCUUCAAGCCGCUCAAGUCCUACUUCCUCCCCGCUGGAGCUUCCUGUUUGUCACUGAGCCACAGAGGGCUUCUGUCUGCAGCUACAGGAGAUAUUGUGCAGGUGUACAGGGACGUGUGGAGCUGUCCAGUGACCAAACCCUACAUGGCCCACAGACUGCGAGGAACAGCGUGGGGGCUGCAGUUCUGUCCCUUCGAGGACGUCCUCGGUGUCGGACAUGGAGACGGUUUCACCAGCAUGCUCGUCCCAGGUGCUGGUGAACCUAACUUUGACGGUUUGGAUGCAAAUCCGUACCGCAGUGUGAAGCAGAAGCGGGAAUGGGAGGUCAAAGCUCUCCUGGAGAAGAUUCAGCCCGAACUCAUCACCCUGGAUCCAAGUGAACUGGGAAAAGUCGACUACGCCACCUUUGACCAACGGCACCAAGAUCGAGUCAAAGCCCUGGGCUUUGACCCACACGCCAAAGAAAAGUUUGUGCCCAAGCACAAGAAAAAAGGACGUAGUUCUGCUGGCAAUAUUGAAAAGCGCAAGAAGCAAGUGGCUCAUGAAGACCAGAGGGAUAUAAUCAAGCAAAGUGUGGAGGACAAACUGCGAAAAAAGGACUUCGGGAAGACGGAGGUGGCGUCAUUAUCUGGGCAGAAAUCUGCUCUGGACAGAUUUAAAAAAUAGAAAAGGAGGAGCCUUUGUGUCUUUGAAGCCAGUGACAUUUUGUGGGAGUGACCUUUUUGAACUUCACAUUCAUGGCUCAUUUUAUGGCCACCCGGUGGGAACAAAACUCCGACUGUCCAUGACAUUGAUAAGUAACAAGGACAUGCUGAUAGUGACCGUACAUCUGUAAUCAGUGCAGUGGGAUAACAGCUCAAUGUAACACACGUAGCCUGGAGCACUUCCUGUCUGCAUGGCCCGAUAAUGUCAGGUGCUGUCACUGGCAUGGGCAAAACUGAUGGAGACUAGUUUAUGUCCUAGAAAAAUAAAUAACGUGAAGAAAAUUCUCUGAACUGAAUUUUAAAUGUAGAAUCUGCAUGUAAGGGAAUAAAAUAUGCUGCCUGCACACACUUUGAGCUCUGUUAGAAGAGCAGGCUAACUGGGUCAAUGGAUAUAUAAAUGAUAUAUAUUUGUGUAUUUACACAUGGAUAUUACAUACUGAUGAACAAUUCUGUAAAUAUGCCAGACUAUACAAAAGGUUUUCAUGGCCUGACAAUACAAUUAGUUUCCCAAAAUAUGGAUAAAAUGCAAUAACUGGAGUAAUUGAGUAACAAGCAGGUAAGGCAUUGAAAUGGGCUCACUUUUUCAGUGGGAAAAACACAUAAAAAAUAUUAGAAAUAAUAUUCAGAAUUCAGUUCAGAUUCCUCGGUUCAUUGCCACUGUCCUGACCUAUAUAAACUGAACAACGCCGUCGUGGAAGUGAUCAGUAACGCCUGUGGUUUCCCUGCUAAAUGUGUCAAAAUGGUAGCUGUGCAAAGAACUUGUUAUUAUAGCAGCACGUGCAGCAUGCAAAAACGCACGCUGCACGUUCUGCUUCAUUAACCUGGUCGGCUUUUGUAAGCUGUGACAUAAUAAAUAAAGCAGCACACUUCUUAAGUAAUCAGAUUCACCUAAACAGGUGUGGGAGCCUCUUAAGUCUGUUUGUCCUUGUUGUAGCAAUGUUUCCACUGAAAGCAAGCAAGCAACUGCAAUAUUUGUUCUACAUAUUUUUCAUGUUCACUUCAGGUAUCGGAAGUUCCUCAAUUCCCCUGUGACGUGGUGGUGAGGCUGGUUUCACUGCAUUAGGGGAGUUCCUGCUCUGAGAGUAAUUUGACAUGUUGAAAAUCAGUAGUUGAGAAUAUCGUUCAGUAAUGGCCCUUUUUUCAUAGUGGCCAUCUUGACAGGUUGUGGUUGUGUAUGUAGAACAGGUGGGUAAAGCAUGUACAGUAUGUGAGGGCAGACGUAAUCUGAUGUGUUUUGAAAUACAUAGCAACGGAAUUUUAACUUUAUGGGGAUGACUAUUUCACAUACAGUUUUUUGAGAUCAGCACAACUGUGUUCUUAAGAAUGUUGACCUUCAAAAGAGUGAAAAGGCUGCUGUUGGUAUGGGAAAAAAAUAAGGGUUGUGAUUUAAACCUUUAUUGUAUUGACCUGGAAAAAGUGGCCAAGCCGAUGUGGACAUAUUCUAGACCUUCCACAUCAUGCCUCCUCAUUCUGCAGGUACCUGUGACUCCAGGUCUGCAGGAUCCAGGAUACAUUUAUCUUUAUCUUCCACAUGAGGGCUAUGGCGGGCUCAACAUAUGGCGAAAGGUGGGGUCACACCCUGGGACACACAGAGACAAACAGCCAUCCACUCUCAUACCCCAUCUAUUUAGAGCGUCCAGUUUACCUAAUCCCCAUAUUGCAUGUUUUUGGACUGUGGGAGGAAGCUGGAGAAUAAAUGACACUACUAUAUUAUAAAUUAUCAUGACCGAAUGCAACUGAU